GUGAUAUUUAAUAAGAAAUCAGUCUUGUUCUGUGAAACGUGAACUUGAACUUGUGUGUGCUUGUGGUUUGCAGUUGUCAAACAGUCUUAAGUUAGAAACUAAAAGUAGUCUAUAUCACCCCACAAUGUUGCUGUACUUUCAGUAGAUUCACUUCUGUCAGGACAGCUGUCUAAUCACUGGAGCCACUACGUGAGCAAAAAUGCAGGUUUCACUUCUGAUCUUAGACACUCUGGAUGAACUGGGAGCUGAUGAGUUCAAGAGGUUUCGGUGGAACCUCACUCAGGAAGUGCUGGCUGGGUGUCAGCCCAUUCGUAAAGGCCAUCUAGAGAACGCCGACCGGCAGGACACUGUCAGCAAGAUGAUAGACAGCUACGGCGAAGAGUCGGCUGUGAACGUUACUGUUGAAAUCCUGAAGAGAAUGAACCACAACAACGCCGCGGAGAAGUUAAAGAGAACAUACUCAGGGGGUUCAACAGCUGCACACAACCCCACCCCCACACCUUCCUCCUCUUCCUUGGGUCUGACUCCUGCUGCUGGUGCCAAUGUUUGUGCCCAGGGUAAAAGUGUUAUCGUGGCACCCAACAUCGCAGGCACCAAUGGUGUGUCAAUUAAUAUGAACAUAAACACACAGUAAUCACAGUAACACCUCAUUAAAGUGUGUGCAAUAUCUGGUUGCAGAAAUCAAGCUAGACCAGACCAAAUAAGGCAACAAAACCCCUGAGGUUAUUAAAUAAACACGAUGUGGGUGUUUUAUUGCUUAUGAAGUCAAAGACAAUCGUAAGAGAAAUAUUGUUUUAUUUCUUCCUUCAAAUUUAACAUAGCCUUGCCUAGCUUGAUUUCUGCAACCAGAUAUUGUUGUGUAACAGACCACAGGAGUGCACUGACUGUAUGGCUCCUUUCUACUUGUUACAUUAUGUUUUAGCAUGUCAAUUGUUUUAUUACAAAAGUGAAAAAAAAACAUCACAAUGAACCACACUGUUGCUUCCUCAUAUUUUUAUAUUUUCUGAAGUAACGUUGUUUCUGAAUAAAUCUUGCUAAUCUGAA